AUGCGGUCUCGUACAGGAUGUCAAACCUGCCGACAACGGAAGCUCAAAUGUGACGAAAUUAAGCCAGAAUGUGGACAAUGUCGCAAAGCCUCACGACAAUGUGUACCUAGCGAUGGAGUAGUAUUCCGACAUCAACAAAAUGCUUCCAUGAACGGCAGUGAUGAAGUUAUUCCUGGUGAAAGAAGCGGUCGAUUGGGAGCAUUCUACGCAUAUAGAAAUACAUUUGAUGAGAAUAGCGUUUGGAUCGAUGUGCCAAAGAAGAUAAUUUUUGUUCAUGUCACCGAUCCAUAUAAUAUGGAAGUAACUCCUGAACCCGAACAGCUCACAGACUCUACUCUUCCCACCACGAGCACUAUGGACGAGACCGGCGACGCCGCUUAUAAUCACCCUUCAUUCGAGAAAGUUCCUGGGUUAGAGGCCCUUUCAACUGCUGCCACUACCAAUAUGGAAUAUUUGCGUCAGUUAUCGGUGCCUGCACAAUCACCAAGAGGCAUUAACACUCCGCAGCACUCGGUCAACAAUCUUGAUUUCAUACUGAACCCUACUGGACCAGAGGACCGUUUGAGUUCACCCCUAAUCAACCCUUCAUUGAGAUCAAUCUCCAGGACAAACACUCUCAUCAGUGAUGUUGAUAGUGUAAGAGAGCAUGAAGUUGCAUUUCUAUUAAGACACUUUGGGGAGACCACUGGACAAUGGAUGGAUCUGUUCGACCUUGGAUGUUACUUCGCACAUCAUGUACCUAUCCUCGCCGUAUCGAAUCCUUUGCUCAAAAAUUCGGUAUGCGCAUACGCUGCAAAGCAACUUUCGCGUGUUGGGGGGAAAAAGGCCGUUGUAGGAGGUAUAAGCAGUGAGCUAGCACUUAUGGAGCUCUACCCAGAUUCGCAGAAGGUCGAUUGGGUUUACAUUGGGGCAAAAUAUUAUGACAAAGCAAUUUCACUGCUGAUGGAGGAACUUGCUAAGUCGAGUGGGAAUGAUUUUCCGAUUACUCCCACAAUUGACGAACAUUUUACUUUUCCGGGGAUUAGUGGCUCACCGCAGAGCAUUCCAUCCCAAGCGAAUAAACGACGGCGAUUAUCGAGGCCGGUAGACGCUGACGAGACUAUUGCAGCUGCCGCUAUACUCUGUGUUUAUGAGUUCCUCGAUAAUGCCAAUCUCGCCUGGUCUCGGCACCUUAGUGGAACUAAGUCCUUAUUCGACCUAGCGGAAAGGGAAGGAAUGAUGCCUUUACCUUCACCAAGUACCCCGGGGUCGUCAUCUUUUAGAACGAAGCCGUCGAUCGCCAGGAGAGCUACAUUUUGGAACUUUGCCCGUCAGGACUUCCUUGCAGCGUUCAUCAACGAAGGGCAAACACGACUCAAUACAGAAGAUUGGGAUCUCUGGCGAGCGGCUGGACUUCUCAUAGAUGAUAGAGGAUUUGUUAUCCCAAGCAACAAAGAAACUUUAAAUCUGGAGCCGCAGAUAUCUAUGCGAGAAGAUAUGAUUUCGAAUGCCUUGAUCUGGCUCAUGUCGAAAAUUGUCAAUUUUAUUGCCACCGGAGAUUCGAUUGACAACGUCUACCCCCAAGAUAAAGGCAGCCCCACUGCUCUUUUUGGCAUCAAUCAAAUGACUCUACUAGAAAGAUGGCACGAACUGGCAGACGAGCUGGAAGUUUGGUACCAAGGUUUACCAAACACCUUCAAACCAUGCGCUCGUCUACCAGCAAUUUUGGAUGGCAGUCUGCCGCAAGAUUCACCCAGAGCUAUAUACCCGGAAAUUUGGUAUAGUAUACCCAUGUGCGGCUCAACCAUGCAGUCGUAUCAUUUUACGAGGAUACUUCUUCUCAUCAACAAACCUCACGAAUCGACGACGAAAAGAACGACCGUCUCAGAUAGGCUACAUUCUUAUCGGUCGAUCGAGGUGGAAGCUCGCCUUCAUUCUCAUGAAAUUUGUGGCAUCGCUUUGGGAAGACCAGAAGGUUCUGUGAGAAUUCAUCAAGUACAACCGCUAUUUGUCGCAGGUCAGUGCUUAACGGAGUUAAAGGAGCGAAAAGUAAUACUUGGUUUAUUGAGGGGUAUCGAGACUGACCUUGGCUGGGCGACUGAUUAUCGUGUCAAACAAUUGGUGAAAGAUUGGGACUGGCAGGAACCUUUGACGUCAGUCCAGUCAGAAAGCCACCGCAAUGUGACCAUGGGUGGCGGUGAUAGAAACAGACGUACCGAAUGGCACCACGAUGAAGGUCAUUAUGGGUCGUAUGUUCAAUACCCAUCGGCUCGAGCUCAUCAUCGAAAUUCUCGCCUGGGUCAUCACCGUAUCCAAGAUAGCCGCUAUUGUGUUCAAAAGCCCGAAUACCGGAAUAAUAUCGCGCCCCAUCGAGCGAAUCAAGCUGCCAUAUCGAAUCGACCUAAUCAUCAUUUUCUCAUCAAAUCUAAGCAUCUGAAAGAGUACCUUCUCACAUCUCUGAAAUCGCAUAUAGAGAGGAUAGAGGAAUGGUUGCCAGACGAUGAGUAUAGCUGCGAUGACGACCACGACGAAGGCUCGCAUAGUGUUAGUCUUGAGGGGAAGGAUGACAUGGAUUGGCAACUUGAACGGGAGAUUGUUGUACAGGAAUAUGUAUGGAGCUCGGAAGUCUUAUCAGUAAGCCAGGAUGACGAAGAGUUGAACAUUACAACCUCUGAAAGUGGUCAUGAAACGCCUUGUCGUGGCGGGAACCUCACUGAAAGAGAUUUUCCGGAUGGAUGUGAGGGUGUAGAAUGGAAUGAUCAGAUGGAGGCUGCUAUUGGAAUGACGAAGUCUGAGACUGCUCGGCAUGAGCAUUUCCUAUCUCGGCUUGCGCUUUGA